UCAACAAAGUUAGCCGAAAACACUAGACCAUUUUGUAGCGGUUAAUUACUUGCAUAAUUGGGUUAUGCGAUCAUGACACAAAAUGCAUAGAUUUAAAACUAAAGAUUAAGUCAGUAACCUGACUUGAAGGUCUUGGAUCAAGGCUUUAAAAUCGGACUGUUUCGAGGGAUAUUCAGCGGGAAUAGUGGUGGACCGCCAUCUUGGAUGUCGAACAGCAGUACAAAUUUGUCAACUAAAAGUCGGCAAGGGCCAACUAUGGACAAUAUCCAUAGCUUGGAUCCAAGGAAGCAAGAGUUGUUGGAAGCUAGGUUUUUGGGGAGUAGAUUUGAACCACUUCAGUUUCCACCUCAAGGAUUAUCACGUCCACCACAAGAAAACAGUAACCUGUCUGCUGGGUCCUUAGAGAGAGACGAAGACGGAAGUCACGGUCAGCAGUACACCCCCGAGAAGUGCAGAACCCCUUCUGAGCGGAAACGGAAGAGAAAAGUUGUAACCGAGACAGACUGCAAUUCGGCGAAAGCUGGAAGGGUGGAAGCAAAUGGGAAAAAAAUAAAUGAGUAUUUUAAGCAGAAUCAGUCUCCAGUUCGCAAUAUAUUGCCCACCUCUGGUGCUAAGUCCCCAUCACCACAAGCUGUUCCUCUAUGCCUUCCUCUAGAUGUUAUUGGGCUCAGUACCUACUUAGCUGGUUCCCCUCAGUCGUCAUCUAGUUCAGACGUUCUCACACUGACUCCCUACCCUCAAAGAAACCCAUACGGGUGUUCCAAGUAUACUCAGACGGAUAUGACGCAAAGUCACAUUCUUGCUCUCAAAUCGCAGUCGGCUAAUGAUUUAGAGCAAAAAGACACUAGAAUAGAUGACCUAGUCAGACAAAAUGACGAACUUCGGCGUCAGUUAACGGCACAACAAAAACUUUUAGAAAAACACAAAGAAAAUUUGCAAAAAUGCUUGGAAGUUAAUAAAUCUUUAUUAAUAGAAAAGAGUAAACUAGAAAAGAGAACGACUCGUCAGAAAUGUUUAGAAAACAGAUUACGACUGGGUCAGUUUGUCACACAAAGACAAGGAGCGACGUUUGUAGAAAACUGGACCGAUGGAUGGGCUUUCACAGACUUGUUGAAACAACAAGAAAGAAUAGCUUCAGAUAGAGAAGAUAUUGAUAAACAACGGCGCAUGCUGAUGAAGAAGAAACCUCCGAUGGGGGUGACGAAAAAUUCAGCAAAACACGAUUUUAUCAAACCGGGAGAAAAGCCAUUAACAAUAGCAGAAUUUUAUGAGCAAGAUGAGAUUCUCAAAUUGCGGCAAGCAGUACUUAAAAAGGAAGAUGCCGAUCUGCAGUUGGAACUGGAGAAGUUGGAAAGAGAAAGAAAUCUUCAUAUACGUGAAAUAAAAAGAAUACAGAGCGAAGAUAAUUCUCGGUUCAAGGAUCAUCCUAUCUUGAAUGAGAGAUAUCUUCUUCUGAACAUGCUUGGCAAGGGAGGCUUUAGUGAAGUUCACAAGGGCUUUGACCUUAAAGAGCAGAGAUACGUUGCUUGUAAAAUUCAUCAAUUAAAUCGUGAAUGGAAGGAAGACAAAAAAGCAAACUAUAUCAAGCAUGCGUUAAGAGAAUACAACAUCCAUAAAAGUUUGCAUCAUCCUAGAAUAGUAAAAUUAUAUGAUGUUUUUGAAAUUGACAAUAAUUCAUUUUGUACAGUGCUAGAGUAUUCCAAGGGCAAUGACCUGGACUUCUAUCUCAAGCAGAACAAGUGCAUUCCAGAGAAGGAGGCCCGCUCUAUCAUGUGCCAGACGGUCAGCGCCCUAAAAUACCUCAAUGAAAUCAAGCCAGCUGUGAUACAUUAUGACCUAAAACCAGGUAACAUUCUACUUGGUAGCGGGUCUGUGAGUGGUGAAAUCAAAAUCACAGAUUUUGGUCUCAGCAAGAUUAUGGAUGACGACAGUUUCUCUCCGGACAUUGGGAUGGACCUCACGUCACAAGGAGCUGGAACUUACUGGUACCUGCCACCAGAAUGUUUUAUUGUGGGCAAGUCUCCACCAAAGAUUUCUUCCAAAGUUGAUGUGUGGUCUGUCGGUGUGAUAUUUUACCAGUGUUUAUAUGGGAAAAAACCAUUUGGGCACAAUCUGUCUCAGGCUGCCAUAUUGGAGGAGAACACGAUCCUGAAAGCAACAGGUGUGGAGUUCCCUGCAAAGCCACCAGUCACUCCAGAAGCCAAGAGCUUCAUCAGGCGGUGUCUACAGUAUAAGAAAGACUCGAGACCAGACGUCUUGAUGCUUUCACAAGAUGAUUAUUUAAAACCUCCACAACUCAAGUCGAAACACAAUGCAGAGAGCGUGGGAAGUCCUGCACCAACUAGCAUGACCACAAGUGCAAGCCAGUCAUCACAGAGACCUACCAUUAACUUUAAUCAGUCGCCUUCUUUCAGUUUCGGAGAAAAAUUCUCAUAGUCUGCAGUGGACGAAAAACGUGGAUGAAUGUUGACAGAAAAAAAAUACCUCGACUUUCAAGUGAACUAUGGAUGGCCUUGUAGUUAUGUGUCGCAGGGUAGCAGAGAAAUGAGAGCUUUAAACUAUUCUGUGUUAGCAUGGCGUGUGUGUGUGUCUUCUGUUUCCCAACAGAGAGAGAAAAUAUCCAUGCAAACAGUAUGAGGAUGAUGCUGGUUUUUAUGUCACAUCGAGUGUAGGGUAGUUUCCUUCUAGUGAUAUCCAUCUUGAUGGUGGAGAGAGGAUUUUAAUUAAUAUGAAAAUUUGCAAUAAUUCAACAUGUUAAAACAGCAACAUCGUGGUUGCAUUUCAUUCUCUUUCUUGUGCUCUACAAACUGUCCUUCCUUCUCUCUCUCUUUCUUCCCAUCCCCAUCUUGUUUCUGUUUCUUUUUCACAUUCUUUACUUUUCUCUCCUUUUUUUUUUUAAAGUUAGAAGACCCAGUUAUUUGGUGGAGGGGGUGGGGGUCUUUCUCAGUUCCAAACAGUGCUUUAUUUCAAGGCUCUUUAAGUGCAGUCUGUGUGAAGAAAGUGCAUAUAAAAGACCCCUUGCUGCAACUUGAUAAUAAGUGUAGAUGUGUUGUGGUUGCAGUUAUCUUCUCAUUCUGUUUGACAAAUAAAACAUAAUAUCCUUUGAGAUGUAGGUCAUGGUAAAUUAAGUUGAUAGAACAUUUUAGGGAUCCUGUUACAAUCCACAUGGAAACCGAUAAACCAUUACUAAUAUUAUUGGUAAACAGCUGUGUGUGUGUGUGUGUGUGUGUAGGCUGGGAGGUGGUAUGGGAUGCACUGCUGAAUUAUGAUUAUGAACACAUCUGUUGACAAUGAGUUUUUUUUUUUCUCGUGGUUUAUAUAUGGACUUCACAAAUGCAUUUCAGAUUUAUUAUAAUGUAUUCUUUACACAUGCAUAUCAGAUAUAUUAGUAUUAUUACCAGUUCUAAAUAAGUGAACCAUGUGGCAUAUACUUUAGUCUUUACAAAUAUUAUCAUGACACGCUCCAAAUCUUGCAUUUAUUAAAAGUAUUACUUAUUUAAUCAUGUACUGCAAAAUUAUUACUUCUUUUUUUUUUUCUUGUGUUAAGUACUUGAUGGUGUUAGUUUGAGGUUUCAGGUAUCUUACUUCUGAUCUACAAAAUUCAUCAGUUAAGAAUUCUAUAAAUGCUUCUUUAUUUCCAUUAAUGUGGUAUUUAAUUAGUGAAAAUACCAAUUUGAUGUGCAAGAGGUCUUUUGAAUGCAUUUUACUUAACAUUGCAGUCAGGGGGUUCUUUUUUUGUUUCUUUCCUUUUUUGACCCCUUUCUAAUCAGAAGUCUAGAGCAUGUGUUGUCCUGUAUGGAAAAGCAAUUGAAAGAUCAAUUGGUGCUAAUAAAAAAGGGAACAUAACAAAUACAGCAUUAUCGGUUAUUUUCUUUUGUAUUCUAUCUUGUUUGCCUUAAAUCUCUCAGUCGUCUCUGUUAGACACCAAGUAGCCAGUUACAGUGCAUGCUGGGUAAUGGUGUUCUGAUUGAUUGGAAGGUUGGUCAGGCAUUGUUCACUCAAUCAUUUGUCUAAUUAAUCGAGUACAAUUUAUUUCUACUAGUUGUACAAUGCAAAAGUUACUUUCCUAUAAGUUCCAUGGUCUUGUGUGUAGUAAUGAAUAAGGCAACGGUAAAAUCAGUUUAUAUUCUUUAUACAAGAAGAUAGAAGCCGCAUUUUUAUUUACUAAACAAAUGAUAAUUCAUAUAUUAUAAUUAAAAAAAUUAAAAUGUUUACAUAAUUUUUUUUAGAAAUGAGUAAAUGUUUUAUUUACUUAGUCCACCAAAAUUGUAUGGCAAAAGGGUUUUUUGGUGGGAGGUUUUCAUGUUGUAUUUUUAUUUAUUAUUUAAUAAUUUUAACAUAGUAAACCUUCAUGUUAAAAACUUUGGAUGUAACUGUAAACAGAUUUAUUGUCUGGGUUGCACAGCAGUCAAUCUAAACGCAGAUUCACACAUAUCAUGUGACUUGAAAUGUACACCAUAAGCCAUUUUGCACACAUUUAGCUUUUGGGAAAAAUUAGCAGUUAUGUUUUUUUCUGAAAAUAUGUGGGUAUAACAACUAUUCAGAUGGGAUGGAGGUGGUAGCAAUUUAGCUCAGUCGGUAGAGCUCUCGCCUGAGCUUCUCUGGGGGUUUUCUCCUCCAGCCAGUAUGCCACGACUAGUAUGUCAGAAGACAUCAUAUGUGCUGUCUUGUCUGGCUGCAUUCUUCUAAAGACUAUAUGUCAGAAUUACCAAAUGUUUGACAUGCAAUAGCUUCUGAUUAAUAAAUCUAUGUGCUGUAGUGAUGCCAUUAAACUAAACAAACUUAACUAUAUAACUGUUUCAAUAACAUACUCUCCAGAUCUCGUUAAAAAUACGAGUCAGGUGAUGUAAUAGGUCAUCUGCUGUAUGUCUCUGCCUUUACGUCGGAUCACAAUAUGUAUAAGCGGCAGGUGUUCUUCAAAGCAAAAUAUAUGCUUAAUCAGUUAAUAAUCGGUCAGUGAUUAGUUGGUGCUGGGCUGUUUUUACUUAUUUCUUGUUUUCAGUUAAGUAAGGAAAACCCCCACCUCAACUAUUCUAGCAUUUAAAACAAAAUUAUGUGAAUGAAAAUCUCAUUGUCAUUGAUCUCUGAAUUUGUUUUCAUUUUUGAAAUGUAAUUUGUACAUUAAAACAUUUUAUGUUAAUUAUUGCAAAUUUUCUAUUCAGUGUAGUUACGGUGAACACUAUAUAUAUUUGUUAAAUACACAAAUGAAUGGGUUUGUUUUUUUAUUUAUUAAGUUUCUCAAGAGGAUAGAAUUGUGAAUUGCAAUAAGCUCGUUCGUUUGUUAUACCUGAACCAGUAUUCUUACGGAACUAUUCAAUGUUUUCUUUUUUGAGUGUCGACAUGUUCUGUUAUGAAUUGAAAGAAGACGACAGAUUAACAUCGAAAUGCGGAUUUUGUUUUGUGAAAUCAAGAUACAGGAGGAACUCAUUUCAAGAUCAGUUGAUUCAUUCAUGGAGUAUUUAUGUACAGAAGAGUGCCAUGAAUCAGUGCCAGUAAUAAGCGACCACAGAUUUGUGAAAACUGUUUGGAAAGUUUCACCGACUUUGUGUCUGUCGAAGCACGCUAAACUAACGUGCUCUGUGUUAAAACUUGUGUGUAUGGUUGUUUCAAAUUGUGAAUAUUCUGAACAUGGUGUGCGAUGUGUGUGUUCUGGCUCCUGUUUUAUGAACAUUGUUUUUUGUUAUUUUGUGACUGAAUGCAAGAUGUCUGCAGACUACAAAAUGCGGAUACACUUAUGUGAUACUUCAGCUGCAAGAUUGUUGCUGCUGAUAUUCAAAACAUUUGGAGAGAGAGAGAGAGAGACAAACAAACAAAACCAAAAUGGAGUGCAAAUUUGUUAUAUUUAUCGACAGUCUGCCUAACCUUCAUUGAUUGAUUGCUAAUUUAAAUGUUGUUCAUUGGGUGACAAGCAAUAUAGACACAUCAAUCUAAAAGCUACCGAUUGACUACUUGAUGGAUAGUGAUAAUCACAAAACUAUUGCUUUCAUUAUGUAGCAUAGUAAUUAAGCUUUAGAAUUUUUUAUUAUUAUUAUUUUUUUUUUUUUUUUUUUUUAAUUAUUAUAUACCUACCCUUGGAAAAAAAAAAACUGAUCAUGGUAAAAUGAAAAAGGGUUUGCAUUCUUAAAUUUUUUCUGAAUUAGAUAUAAGCUGAUUGUGAAUUAAAUUGUGAAUUCGUAACAAUCAUAAAAUAUGAUUGAAUUUAGUGAAGUUAUUUUUUAAAAUCAUUUAAUAUUUCACUACGCUAAAGUCAAAGGUUUUAUAUUUUAUGGUUACAAGUUAUUUCAUGCAUGGUCUUAUUCGACUGGAAUACUGGGAUAUGAUUUUCCGGUGUUUUGUCCGAUUUCAGCUUCUUUAGAAUAAAAUAAUUUAUACAAACGUAUUGAUCUGAAAUGCUAAAAAAAAUUACAUAAUUUUUAAAUGGCUAAUACAUCCUUGUAGUACCCAGGAUAUUUCAUAUACAAUAUUGUGAUUAUCUUUCUGUAGUUAAUGUCAUCACUGCAAUUUUAACAUUCCCACUGUUUUUCAUGUCUUGGGAGAUUAUUACUUUUUAAUUAUUUUAUUCAAAUCAGGGGCCAUGCAUUAAAAUUUGUAUACAUUGAAAUAUUUCAAGUGAUAUUCCAAAAAGAGAUCAUAAUGUUAGUAUGCAUUUAGUAGAUGUUAUUCAACAUAAAACUUGGCAGUACUGCAUCACAGUGGGAUGUUUGUGGUAUUGCAGGCAUCUGAGAAUGGAAAAUUUACACAAACCAUUUAUGGGUUACGAAACAAAACAUAUUCAGGUAACCCAUUUUGAUUUCAAUGGCGCAGUGGUAAGAACAUCAGAAAGAAAGAUGUUUUGAAAAUUAAUUUUUUUAUAGUUAUGUGUCACUAUUUAGAACCUGAUGUCCUUUUUCUUUUACCAAUUGAUUUCAUUUGAAUAUGUAUCACAGUUAAAAGCGGGAGGUGGUAUCUUAUUCUUUCCAUGCAUAGUUACAAAUUCAUAUGCUUAGCUGGCAUGAGGGAGUUGCAGGAACAGUUAAUUGCAGUCUUGGUAAAUGAUACAAAUUGAAGUAUGGUGCAUCAUUCCCUCUCCCGCUGCACGCGCAUGCACACCUGUGUCCGCCCCCCCCCCCUCCACAUAUACACACAAAUCUAAAGAAAUUAAAUAUGGAUGCCAACCCCGUUCGAAUACUGCAUGAUGCCUAUAGUCUAGUCACAGUGAUUCCUCUACAUAUGAUUUGAGAUAACACAACAUUCCAGUUGGUGCUGCCUGCUAUUGUCAUUAUUGAUGAGGUGGUGGGAAAUCGAAUCAUGUCUUGCUUGGCUGCUCUUAAAAAUUCACAUCUUGUGUUUGACAAGUUGCGCUAUGUGUAAACUGUAUAAUUGUUAAAUAUGGGAUAAAAUCUACUGCAUUGAAUGUAUUCUCUCAUGAGCCUCUUUAAUUUUCUGAAGAGGUAAAGAUCCAUGGUUUUUUUACAGCAUUGUAUGGUAUUUCAGUUUAGAACUUUGUUUCUUGCUUGAAUUUUAUCCAGAAACAAGUAAAUGUUUAUAUGUUAUUGAUCAUAUUUAUAGCAUAUUAAACAAGCUUCCAUUUUGUAUCUUGUUUAUGUCCCAAGUGAAAUAAUUUUCAAUUGUCACAAGCUUUAGCGAGUGACAAUGAAAAUAAUUUCACAAAGGACAUGAUAUGAAAUGGUAGCGAGUUUAAUAUCCUACUUAUUACCCAUAAUCGAUCUAAUUUAUAUCACUCAACACGUGUGGCGCACUACAAUCUUAUAGGAAAGUCAACCAAUCGAUGACGUCACUUGGCGUUCUAGUGGGACGUAUCACUGUGAUAUGUACCAAGAUAUUUUUAACCAUAUGGAUAAUUAGAAAUGUUCUUAAUUGUCAUAUCCAGAUGAUUUACCAGGAUGUAUUUCUAAAAGGUACUGACAAAAACCCAGUACACAGACUUUCUGCAAGAAAAUUAUUUGAGGGUUCAUAAUAAACUCAAAACAGCAAAUAAGUGACCCUACUAGAUGGUUAUGGGUUCGAAAUCUUUUGAAACUGAAUACUGUGUUUCAUGUACUCUCACCAAUUUUAAACCAGUUCUUUUAUUAUAAUCUUUCUUUAAGAAAUUUAUACAAAUCUGUCCAUUAAUCUCUUAGAAUUUGUAUGUAAUUUUACCCAUCAUACUCUGGCAGAAAGUUGAAAUCCUAAUAUAUUGUCAAAACUCUGGUGUACAGUCUUGAAGUUCUGUAGGCAUUUGGACAAUCAAGAACACAUCAAGCAUGCACAUAAAAAUAUUCCAAGAAACUAGGUUUCAAUCAGGAAUAUCGUACAAGGUUUUUAGAGGACUUUGUAGCAGUAGCUUUAAAUAAACUGUUAUAAUUGCCAAGAGCCCUACUGCUUUACCAUUUAGAUAAGCAUCAAGUACAUAGUAUGAUCAUGACGAAAGUCGUUGCAUGUUGCUAAUACGGACGAAUCUUGUUACAUGUAUGUUGUGUACUAAUCCGAUGUUCUAGUCAAUGGCCAAAUUUACUGACACUCUUGCCAGUGAUUACAGAAUUAAUAAACUGUUCUUGCAUAUUGGGGCCACAUCCAUCUAUGUAAAUGAUCAUGUUCUGUAACCCAUUGGCACUUGAAAGAUCAUUCUGUGCAUUUUUAAUUUAAUUUUUUUUUAAACAUGUAAUGCCCAACCUCCAUGAUAAAAUGUUAUUAAUUGAUAUUUGAAGUAAACCAUGCUGGUUUUAUUUGGGGUGUGGGGGGUGGAGAGAGUUUACCAAAAGACAGUUUUAUUACCAUACCUUUGCAAUUGUGGUGUGUCUUAUAUAUUUUUACCAAAUUUUUGUCAACCAAUAUUGGGACACCAAUUAUUCAUAGUUUAAAAUGUCGUAUGUUCUUUUCCUUUCAUUAUUUUUUGUUAUUUUAUAUUUUAUAUUUUAUUAUUAUUAUUAUUAUUUAUAAAUUAGUUAGCCAAAUACAUUUUGUAACUAGUUUUUUUGUUAAAACUUUUGGCGAUAUUGACUUCUAACGUGGUGGAUCGGAAUGUAAUACUGGUACUUAAAGAUCAUCAUGGACAAUAUCUUUGGGGUGUUUUUGUACUAAAAUAUACUUAGUGUGUAAAUGUACAAUGACCUAGUAUGCACUACUACAUGCACAUUGGCUGAUCUGGUUUCAUGCUUUAUACAUGUUCAUGCAAACAAGUUCUCUGAUUUUAGGAUGGGUUUUUUUUUAAAGCUGCAUGUACAUGUAUGUUUCUUAUCAUCCUUGUCAGUUGUAACUUAGAUAUCUUUUACAUGUAUCUGUAAUUUUUUAAUUAUGAAUAUUUAUAGUAUUUCCCUUGAAAAGCAGAUCAAUUUGUAGGUGAUGCUAAAUAUAUAUUUUUUCUUCACUUUAUCAGUUUUUAACAGAAUGACAAUGAACUGGAUAUUGUUGACCAUAAAAUUAACUUAUGAAUAUUAUGAUUUAAGGGUUGUACUUGGCUUAACGUAAGUGUGGGUUGCAGUACAAAAGUUAUCAGUGCACAUUAAUAGAAGGUCUGCUCCAGGUAGACAACAGAAAAAAAGAGUCACUUUUAAACUUAUUUUUUAGGGGUGCAACUGCCCCCCAUUGCACCCUAAUUAGGUAGAGUCCUGGACCCAAUUUCACAAAACAUCGUAAGCCUAGUUUUUUAAAACUUAAAUCUAUGACAAAACCACAGUUCUCACUGCUGUUAUAGUACAACAAAUAUAGUUAGAAAUACACAUAAUUCAUUUCUUUUCGUUCUUAAAAUGCUCCAUCUUCCGUAAUGAUGUCAUUUUCUGCAUGAAAUAGAUGCCAAAUACGUGUAAAUGUAUGCUCAGUAAAACUGCUAGUCGCAGACGUAAACUAACGAUGUUUUGUAAAAAUUGGCCCCUGGAUUUUGGAUGCAAUUGUCUAAAAAUGGCUGGGUGGCAGAAAAACUAUUCCAAAAAAGAAUGUUGGUUUGUUUUAUGCCUAGAGAGAACCAUCUCUCAGGUGCCAGAACCUGUAAUGUACAAAUCAUGAUCACAAAUCUCUCAGAAAUGUAUGCAGUAUGUUUCGGUUAUAAGGGAAUUUCUUGUUGCAAUGUUUUGAGUGUGGUAAUGGUUGUGGCAUGGCGUGUGUGUGUGAAUGAUAAAGGGCUGUUUUUAUUGUUUUGCUACCAUUUACUGGGUGACUGAAGUAAAACAAAUGAAAUGAGAAGCUCACCACUUACAGUUGUUGUUUAGUUGUUGAGAGAGAGAGGGAGAGAUAAAAUGACCACCAUUAUGGUUGUUUUUAUGGAAUAAAAUGUAUAAAUCAUUUUACAUA